GCUGAAGGUGGAGCAGCCUCAGGACGUGGUCACCGGGAACCCCACCGUCAUCAAGAUGCUGGUGAACUUCUACCGUUCGGCCCGUGGGCAAAGCGCCCUGAAGGAGACUCUGGGCCCCGCGCUGCACGACCUGCUGCAGGAGCCGGCCCCCAGCAUCAGGACCGACCCUGUGGACGUCUAUAAGACCUGGAUCAAUCAGACGGAGAGCAACACGGGGACCAGGAGCUCUCUGCCGUACGAGGUCUCUGCUGCCGACGCUCUGCUCCACCCGGAGGUUCAGAGACGCAUCGACAUCGCCAUCAUCAACUUAAAGAACCUGACGGAGCGCGUGUUCAAGGCCAUCACCUCCAACCUGCACAAACUACCGUAUGGUUUGCGCUACACAGCGAAGGUUCUGAGAGACUCUCUGCAGGAGAAGUUUCCUGAAGCCAGCGAGGACGAGCUGUACAAGAUCGUGGGGAACCUGGUCUACUAUCGAUACAUGAACCCAGCCAUCGUGGCUCCGGACGGCUUCGAGGUGUUGCAGCGCAGCGCAGGGAGCAGCCUGCAGCCCGAACAGCGCCACCUGCUGGGCUGCAUCGCCCGCAUGCUGCAGCACGCCGCCGCCAACAAGCUGUUCCCCGGGGAGGGAGACCACCUGCAGACCCUGAACCGGUUCAUCAGCCAGACCCACCUCAAGUUCAGGAAGUUUCUGCAUGGUGUGUGUGACGUCCCUGAACCCGAGGACAGGUUCAACAUGGAUGAGUUCUCUGAGCUGCUCAUCGUCAACAAACCCGUUGUUUACAUCUCCGUCAGCGAGUUGCGCAACACACACCAGCUGUUGUUGGAGCACCAGGAGGUUUUGUCUCCCGACCCCUCUGACCCCCUCAGGCAGCUGCUGAAGGACCUGGGAUCAGUGCCAGGCCUACAGGAGCUCAGCGGCGAUGCGUCAGCUGACUCUGAAGUUUCUUUGACGCUCACCAACAAGUUCGACAUUUUCAACGAGUCCAACGACCAACCAGACACCAGAGGCCUGCUGCUCAGCACGAAACAGCUGAUCAUUGAUGUCAUCAGGACGCAGCCGGGCGACUCGCUGAGAGAAAUCCUGAGAGGGGGCGUGUCACAGGACCAGGAGCUGAGCCAUGAUUGGCUGCUGCAGAGGCGGGCUCAGCAGGAUGCUCUGCGGCCUCGGCAGCUGCAGAGGAACGAGUCUCUGGCUGCCAACGGGCGGCUGCGUCUGCACGAGAAGAAGAAGAAGAUUCUGAGGAACCUGCGCAGGCUGCAGGGGGUCUGGGGGGGGGGGGGCGAGGACCACAUGCUGCAGAUCAUCGCCAAGGACGUCCGUCAGCAGCGUCUGCACCGUCAGCGGCGCGGCGGCGAGCUGCAGAAACUGCGUCAGACUCUGAUCAGCCUGCAGCUGAAGAGCAGCCAUCACUGUGAGCAGGUGGACUACUACAGGCAUUACAUCACUUCCUGUCUGGACCACCUGACCACCGACAGUAAAUCAACCAAUAAGAAGGCAGCAGAGAGGAAGAAGAAGCUUCCUGCUCUGAGCUACAGCGCCGCCCGGCUGCAGGAAAAGGGAGUUCUGCUGGAGAUCCAGGACCUGCCGCCAACACAGUUCAGGAACGUGGUGUUCGACAUCGUGCCCGGCCCGGAGAGAGGGAGCUUCACCGUUAAAGCCCGGUUCCUGGGAGUGGAGAUGGAGGAGUUCCUGCUGCAGUACCAGGACCUGCUGCAGCUGCAGUAUGAAGGCGUGGCGGUGAUGAAGAUGUUCGACAAAGCAAAGAUCAACGUCAACCUGCUCAUCUUCCUCCUCAACAAAAAGUUCUUCAAGAAAUGAACCGAGUGAAGCUCUCACCUUUCACUCCUAUCUCUGAUGAUGAUUAUAUACAGCAGAGUGAAGCUCUCACCUUUCACUCCUAUCUCUGAUGAUGAUUAUAUACAGCAGAGUGAAGCUCCCACCUUUCACUCCUAUCUCUGAUGAUGAUUAUAUACAGCAGAGUGAAGCUCUUACCUAACACUCCUAUCUCUGAUGAUGAUUAUAUACAGCAGAGUGAAGCUCCCACCUUUCACUCCUAUCUCUGAUGAUGAUUAUAUACAGCAGAGUGAAGCUCUUACCUAACACUCCUAUCUCUGAUGAUGAUUAUAUACAGCAGAGUGAAGCUCUUACCUAACACUCCUAUCUCUGAUGAUUAUAUUCAGCAGGGUGAAGCUCUUACCUAACACUCCUAUCUCUGAUGAUGAUUAUAUACAGCAGAGUGAAGCUCUUACCUAACACUCCUAUCUCUGAUGAUGAUUAUAUACAGCAGAGUGAAGCUCUCACCUUUCACUCCUAUCUCUGAUGAUGAUUAUAUACAGCAGAGUGAAGCUCCCACCUUUCACUCCUAUCUCUGAUGAUGAUUAUAUACAGCAGAGUGAAGCUCUUACCUAACACUCCUAUCUCUGAUGAUGAUUAUAUACAGCAGAGUGAAGCUCCCACCUUUCACUCCUAUCUCUGAUGAUGAUUAUAUACAGCAAAGUGAAGCUCUUACCUAACACUCCUAUCUCUGAUGAUGAUUAUAUACAGCAAAGUGAAGCUCUUACCUAACACUCCUAUCUCUGAUGAUGAUUAUAUUCAGCAGGGUGAAUGAAGCAUCUCAGUUUUUAUAUCAUUACUUAUCAAUCAUGAAGUUUGUUGACACUUUUGUUGUUGUUACAUUAUCUCCAAAGCUGAGUUACAUUUUAAUGUGUUAUUGCACGUUACCAAGGGAACAGCAUAGAUGAAUAAUCAUGAUACAGAUGGCUCACCUUCUAUACCUGCUUUAUACCUGACUACAGAGUGAGACAUCCUGCUGCUCCUAUCUCUGUUCACCUGUUUUAGUUUGGUUCACAAACAUCUAUGAUGCCAAUAACUGUAAAUAUUUUCUGUCACUUCCUGUUUGUUUUUUACUUCCUGUUUGUUUUCACCUCAUUAAAUAUCUGAACAUCUUUA